AGAGGCUAUGCCAGAACUAACCAACUUCAACGUGUUUGGUUUGCUGAAUGAUAAACAAAUUGAGAUGCUGCAAAAGUGUUUGAGCAAAAUGAGCAUUAACAAAACAAAGUUCUCAACUAUUGCCAGGCCUACAGUUGGAAUUCGUAGAACGUCUAUCUGGGGUCUCAAGACUAGGGAUAGUGUGGCUUGAAGCAUGCGAGCUGUUGAUGAUACCGACUGAUUUCCCAACAUACUUCACUAUUAUCAACUGUUGUACAUAACAUGUAUUAUUAAUAUUAAUUAUGCAAUUUUUCUCAACGUAUAUAGGUUUUGAAAGCUUCAUCCUGAGCUAUUCAGUGUUAUUCGAUUGUUUAGCAAUUUAUUAUAUGCCAUUUUUGGAAAAGGAAUUAAUAGUUUUUUCUUCAAGAUUUUUAUUAUUUGAAGGUGCUAUAUAGAAAUAUCGAAUGGUAAAAUAAAUGAGUUGGAAAAUAUCUUCAAUUGAAUUUCACAUCAUGGAAAAUGCAUCUUUUCAGGAUUCAACUGGAAUCAUUGUUUGGAACUACCAAAAUACUUAUCAUAGUCAUUUUCUAUGGAUUUUCUUUGAAACAAAGAAUUGGAAAUCAUUUAAUAAAUAAAAAAUUCCAAUUACGUAUAAUCUAAGAAAGAAUUACUUUUUUAUACUAUAUUAUGUUGCAAAACGUUCCAUAAUCAAUCAUAUAUUUUGUACUUAUAUAUUAACUUAUCAAUUCCUUCGCAUUAAUAUCAAUGUGCAUUGAUUUUUAUCGUAAAUAACAAACUUAUUAUCCAAUAAAUUCCAUCUUAUUAUCGUUUGAUGAAAAUUUUAUCUAUUUAUUUAUUUAUUCAAC